CGAUGAAUGUUGCAGGCUGCCGCCGUCAGUGGGCGUCUGGGCGGGAAGUAGCACUCAUGCCAACUAUUUGCUUGGCAUGCGCGAGACAAGUCUCCGCAAGAUCACUACCCUCCGACUGGACUUGAACCCCUGGGAGAUUGGUGCCGUCACUCGCACCCUGAACUCUUUGCGUUCGCUGGAGGCUUUGCACCUUCCGUCGGGGACCAUCUUUUGUUCGUCGUGGCAAGCCGUGGACCUCAGCAGAUUGAACAAGAUCUUCCUGUACGGAUCUGGGUAUUCUCAGAGCGACGUGACAACGUUAAUCAAGAAGCGGUGGCCUCAUGUCACGUAUCGUCUUUUCCCUCUCAUCGACCGCCGGCACAGGGACUUUCUCCUGCUCUGAGUGUGACAGCAGCGUCUCACUACUCUCGUCGUCUUGGUCGACUCUUCUGUGUCUUAUAUCAACAUUCCAGCCACAUUUAACCCUAUUCGGCUGACUUGUUUUAGUGUGUAGUUGAUUUAAUCACGAAUUUUGGCGAUUUUCAUGUGCAUAUAGCUUGAUUUUAAGUUUUUAAUCUUUUAUUAUUGACAAGAUACAGUCAACUCUUGAAGCUUUUUUGUGAGUUCCAAUGUGCAUAUCGCAUAUGCACAGGUAUGCAUAUUUUUUGCCAGUUUCUCCCUUCUUUCUAAUCUUAUUUUAGAAAUAUUAGGAUCGAUACAUUUGAAGCUUUUAACGUUUUCUUAUUGGAUGGAUGUUGUUACCCUUUGAAGAAGCUUUAAGUGAGUUCCCUGUUUUGCACUCCGCCUAUUUGUUUUCAGUUUUUCCUUUCAUUCUAAUCUUAUUUUAGAAAUAUUCGGUGCGCCAAACCCACGGGUCUGCAACUGAUGCUCAUGCUCUUAUUUGUAGUGACAUUCAUAUCCGGCUCCUUGGCGUUCAGAUAAAGUUGUGUUAUCAGCAGUUCAUGUGAUUUGACUGGAGUGUAGAAACGUUAGGACACACCGGCCUAUUUCAAUGUCACAUGCUAGGACUGUUGUAUUUUAUUUUUGUGACUAUAAGAACUGUGACGUUCGUGCUGUGCGAAUUCCUUUGCAAAGAACUGAAUUUGACCUUUUCAACGUCAUGUGAACCUUGAAACACGAUCCAAAAGUACUAGAA